AUGAAUAACAUGCCCAUGGAAGAAGUCCAAGCCAUAGGAAAUUACCAAAGACAGCCUAAUAAUCCCAAUUCCAUGACUUACAACCCAGAUUGGAAGAACCAUCCCAACUUUUCCUGGUCUAACAACCAAAACACCCUCCAACCUUAUCCUCAACCUCAGCCACCAUAUCAACCUGCUCAAAAUAUGCCACCUUAUCCACAACAAUAUGCACACCAAAAUCCUCCAUCGGGCUAUUAUCAACCACAAAAUAGACAACCUCCACAAAUGCCAAUGAAACCAGCUGAACCCCAACCUGAUGUGCUUAAUCAAUUCAUGACUGAAACUAGGGCAUCCAUAAGAAGUUUGGAGACUCAAAUAGGGCAAUUGGCUGCUUUAAUGACAAAUAGAGCUCAAGGAAAUUUUCCUAGCACUACAGAGGUUAAUCCUAAAGAACAGUGCCAAGCUAUUACUUUGAGGAGUGGAACGAGAUAUGAAGGACCAAAGAAGAGUCAGUCAGAAGAAGAAGAGAAGAAGUUGGAUGAUAAAAAGGUUACUGAAGACCUUAAGGAAGAAGAGGAGACCCCACCUGUAACUAUUGAGCAACAUGUUAGAGUUCCAUAUCCACAAAGACUUUGCAAGCAUAAUUUGGAUAAGCAGUUUGCAAAGUUUUUAGAGGUGUUCAAGAAGCUACACAUAAAUAUACCGUUUGCGAAAGCAUUAGAACAGAUGCCUAGCUAUGUAAAGUUUAUGAAAGAGAUUCUCUCAAAUAAGAGAAAAAUGGGUGAUUAUGAAACAGUAGCAUUAACUGAAGAAUGUAGUGCAAUUUUGCAAAGGAAGCUUCCUCAAAAGUUAAGAGAUCCUGGGAGUUUUACCAUUCCAUGUACUAUUGGGGAGUUUGAAUGUAAGCAUGCACUAUGUGAUUUGGGGGCGAGUAUUAAUUUAAUGCCUCUGUUUGUAUUCCGGAGGCUUGGUUUGGGGGAGGCUAGGCCAUUUACAGUAACAUUACAGCUGGCUGAUAGAUCUGUGAAGCAUCAACGUGCAACUGGGCAAGCAUUGAUAGAUGUGCAGAAGGGAGAGUUGAAGCUGAGAGUUCAAGGGGAGGAAGAAGUAUUUAAUGUGUUUAAGGCUAUGACUUAUCCUAAAGCAAGUGAUAGUUGUUUCUCUGUUGAUGUGGUCGAAGAAGUAAUAGAUAGAAAACUAUUAAGAGAGGAUCCUCUUGAGUUGAGUCUCACAGUUGAUGAUGUAGAUGGUGAGGAGAAUGAAGAGGUGAUGAGUUAUUUAAAGUGGAUAAAAUCAGCUAAGCCGUGGAAGCAUAAGAAAUUUGAAGAAUUGGGUGCAGGACCAGACAAACCAUUACCAUCGAUUCAGAUGCCACCUGUUUUAGAAUUGAAGGUUGAGGAGGAGAAAUUGUUGAGGGUGUUACGAGCUCAUAAAACUGCUAUAGGGUGGACUCUGGCUGAUAUAAGAGGAAUUAGCCCAUCGACAGUCAUGCAUAGAAUUCUUAUGGAAGAUGAGGCGAAACCGACUAUUGACGCUCAGAGAAGGCUUAAUCCAACAAUGAAAGAAGUGGUGAGGAAAGAGAUUUUGAAGUGGUUGGAUGCUGGAGUGAUUUACCCAAUUUCUAAUAGUGCUUGGGUUGGAGGAUAUGUAUUGAUUAUUGGAAGUUGA